GCAGUUCGAACUGCAGUAUAAGGAAAUAAGCGCUGUUGGUGCUGGUUGCUUGUCUGCCGGGUUGAAGAAAUCAUGCAGUAUUGUGCCUGGACCUUGUCUCCGCAGCAGGUGAGCUCCGAGCUCCGUAUCCAGCGGCAGCAGGACUACAACGGCGCCGACCAACAACGGGAGAUGGCAUAGCCUUGCCGAGACACAGAAACGGACACACAACGCAGCAGGUGAUCUUCUAUACAGACUUCAGGAUCCAUGAACUAGACCAGAAACAGAAUCAACGAGAUGUCAAUCAAAAGCUGGUUUCCAGGCACUCAGUGCAUUGCCAAGUGUGACCACGCCAAGCCCAAGGCAGGGGAGCUGAGCUACCACAAGGGAGACAUCCUGACCAUUGUAGAAGCUGGCCUGGGCAAAGGGGUUUACCUGGCCCAGCACAACAAGACGGAGGAGAAGGGCACAGUGUCUGCCAGCUGCCUGCGGGAGAGGGAGGCUAUCCGAGUGGACCCCAACCUCAGCCUCAUGCCGUGGUUCCACGGGAAGAUCUCUGGUCCGGAGGCUGUUCUCAAACUCGCACCCCCCGAGGACGGUCUGUUCCUGGUACGAGAGUCGAUUCGUCACCCCGGGGACUAUGUGCUGUGUGUCAGCUUCCAGAAAGAGGUCAUCCACUACCGGGUCAUCUACAAGGACAGCAAGCUGACCAUUGACCACGUGCAGUACUUCUACAACCUCAUUGACAUGAUCCAGUCUUACAUGAAGGAGAAGGGAGCGAUCGCCACCACUCUGCAGAAACCCAGACAGAAAGAGGGCACCAAGUCAGCCGCGGAGGAGCUUUCCAAAGCGGGGUGGCUGCUGGACAUUGAGAAACUGACCCUGGGAGAGAGUAUCGGAGAGGGAGAGUUUGGAGCUGUUUUUGAAGGGGAGUACAUGGGCCAGAAGGUGGCUGUGAAGAACAUCAAGUGUGAUGUCACCGCCCAGGCCUUUCUGGAGGAAACCGCGGUCAUGACGAAGCUGCAGCACAGUAACCUGGUGCGCUUGCUUGGGGUGAUCCUGCACAACGGGCUGCACAUCGUCACCGAGUUCAUGGCCAAGGGGAACCUGGUGAACUUCCUGCGCUCUCGGGGGCGCUCGCUCAUCAACGCUCGCCAGCUGCUCCGCUUCGCACUUGAUGUGUGUGAGGGGAUGGAGUAUCUGGAGUCCAAGAAGUUUAUCCAUCGCGACCUGGCUGCACGCAACAUCCUGGUGUCCAGCGACAACGUGGCCAAGGUCAGCGACUUUGGCCUGGCCCAGGUGGACCCCAAAUCCACGGACAACGCCAAACUGCCGGUCAAAUGGACCGCCCCCGAGGCGCUGAAGAAAGAUCAAAAGUUCUCGACUCGCUCGGACGUCUGGAGCUACGGUGUCCUGCUCUGGGAGACCUUCUCCUACGGCAGGCAGCCGUACCCCAAGAUGACCCUGAAGGAGGUGAAGGAGAAGGUAGAGAAGGGCUAUCGCAUGGAGGCUCCGGAGGACUGCCCCCCUGCCGUGUACGCCCUGAUGCGGAGCUGCUGGGAGAACGAUCCCGGGAAGCGGCCGUCCUUCCGCAAGCUGAGAGAGAAGCUGGAGAAGGAGCACCGAAGCUGGGAACCCACGCCAGGCAGCUGAGCCAGCCAGAGGACACACACACCGCUCCACCAAGAGAGAGACUUCUCCCGUGCAGCCUAGCACCAGACUCCCAUUGCACAACGCUUUCAAGAAGCGCUGAUCAGUUUUCAAAUCCAUUUUAUUGCCUCUUUUAUUAGCACUAGCAAUAUUACCACUGGUCCCCCUUUUCAUUAUGUUGAAAAUCUGGCAGAGCUGCAGACAGACGGACCACGCUGUUCACCUGGAGCAGAAAGACAGGCCAGUCUCAAACUGUGCUAGAUUCUUUUAAACACUUGGAACGUUGUCUGAGAGCCGUUCCUUGUUCUCAAGACCACUGUACCACACCGCUUACACCUUAUCCUAUGUGCUGUGUUUUCAUAACGGACACCGAUACAGUGAACAUUGUGAUGGUGAGUGAGAUUGUUGCUGGCACGCCUAACAGUAAUUUUUUUUUCAACAAUUUUGAGCGUUGAAAAAUGAAACGAAUUACCCUAAAUGCAAUUCUUCUAUGGUCCCUAACCCGAACCCUAAUGUUAUUAUUAUUAUUUUUUUUAACUAUGGAAUAUGCAGCGCUCUGGAUGAAAAGCUACUGCUGGUUCGUUCUUGUGCUGUAGUUCAAACUGCAGUUAGACCCUGUGAACUGCAGCUGUAGCACCUUGAAUCCAGCAGUGUUAUCUAGAUGUGAAGUAUACCCUGAAUUAAAAUGUAAAAAAACAAGUUAAGAACCAAGAGAUUGCCAGCAGCGGUGGCGAGGCAGUAAUGAUGGGAAUAAAGCUAAAAAGAGGUAAGAGAAUGGAUGUGAAAGCAUCGGUCAGCACUCCAGGGCUUCACCACGGUCUUCAUUGGUCACACCUGAGCUUAGAUGCAUCACAGAGGCACAGGGGUCACUAGAACGGCCUUUCUGCCUCCCGCAAGGCAGUGUGCUCUUUGGUUUAGGGCAGGAGCUCAGGGAGUCGGUGUCUUUGUGUGUAGAUCGGAAAACUCAAAGGCUUCUUACCGGGCUGGGAGAGAGUGGAACACUUAUGAAUGUAUAAACUUUUCAAACACUGUGAGCUUCUGUUAUUCAGGAUGGGAUGCACUGCAUGGGGGCCUGUAUUGUACAGACUAUAUAUAUAUAUUUAUCAACUAUGUGAAAGUUAAAUGUCUGUACAUAGUGACAAAAUCAAAAAUAAACUUCAGUUGUUUAAAUGCAA